GGUACUACAACUCCCAAGAAGUCUAGCGCGACUUAUUACGUAGCUUGUGCGACCGAGGGUGUUGCUAAGACGCUUUCACUGGAAGCGACUCUGUUGCUUCUUUUUCAAACAUGACUGUUCCCUUAAAUAAAAACGAAACUCUCUUUUCGUUCGAAAUUCUGGUGGAAUACGUUCGGCUUGACACAGGCGGCAAAUUACUAAGAAGUUGGAAACCGGCUGUCGGAGUGAGACUGUUGGAUUUCCCAACACUAGUCAUCUAUCAAUCAGACGAGUCACAAACAGGUGAAAGAAUGUUUACGCCGAGGUCAGAUGUGGAUACAUCUAAUGAAGUCAUUUUCCAGAAAGGCAAGUCGUGCUUGUUUAAAAUUAACUUGGAUUCUUUUCAUCAACAUUUAUCGAAUACUCCCCUCUACGCAAUGGUCAUGGAUGUUAGACAUGAGACUCCUAAAUUAAUUGGGAGUUCACUCGUAUCUCUGGCAAGAUUGGUUAACCAGAUAAAAACAGACGUGGAGGCGCAUGGUAUCGGCACUCCCUCUGCCCAUGGCGAACGAGGAGAGCAUGACUUGUGCAAUCUUAUGGGGAAGAAAAUUGGACUGAUUUCCAUAGCCUGCAAACUUGUUAGUUUGGGAGGAAGUUUAAUUAGCCAUAUUCCAGAAAACAGAAUCCACAGUGUUGGAACCACGUUGUCACAGGGGAGUGAUGGAACAGAACGUGCUAAGAUGCCAACUGAGGCUGUCUGCAAGACUACUGGGGUAAUGCCUCUUGAGCAGGAAGGUUCCUGCCAUGUUAUUUAUCAGAGGCUUAAGUUUGACGGACAUCCAAACGAUGUUGUUGUGUCUGAGGCUAAGCAAACAACGAUUGCAUCGACAAGCACCCAGACUGAACAAACAAGAAAGCGAAUUAAGAAAAUAGAAAUAGCUCGAAUUGAUUAUGAGGAUGAACCAAAUCCAUGUCCUCCGCCCAUGUUCUACAGUUCCUCAGACACAAGGCAAAAGGAUAAUGACGACAAGAAGUUUAAAACCACCAUUGCAGGAAGGGAUUCCCUUAGGCUUGCAGACUUGAGCACCGACCAAGAGUCGUCAGAUUCUGUAAUGCGUCCCUCUAAGGAGCAGAGUGGACAAGCUAUUGUUGAGCAUCCAGCAGCUAGCCAAACACCACCGCAGCCACCGGCUCCAUCGCAUCUUGGAGAUGCCAUAAGACAGCUACCUUUGCUGAAUGCUCUUCUUGUUGAGCUUUCUCUGUUGAAUGGGCAGAACCAGCAGCAGCAGCCUCUAUCCAUUCAUCCCGGCCUAGCUUGGAUGUAUACAUCAGCAGAAAGGCCCUCAGAUCCUGCCUCUGACAGCACAAAACUGGCAUCACAAACAUUAAAAAAUGAUGCAUCACCUCAGCAGAAAGCACAGCAGUCAUCCUCCCCCAGACAGAGGCAUAGUGCGCGCAGUGUUAAGUCUCUGAUUUCCAUUUCCUCAUCAAAUAAGCAAAGAAGAACAACAGCAAAGAAGCAUUCACCACAUCCAGAAAAGCCAAAGCCAAAGGGAAAGUUAACAUAUGGCCUGACACACACAUAUCGUCUCAGACUCCAGAGACUGAGCACUGAUCUGCCUAAACCCAGGGAGUGCAGGGAACACGUCAACUUGAAACAGCCCAAACGACACAAAAAUAUGAAUCUUCGCUCAAGUAGCAGUAUGUUUAAGAGGAGCCUCCAUUUAGACGAUAACAUUGAAACCUUAGUCAGUAGCAUUACACAUGUGAAUAGUAUACAAGAAAGCACUCCUCCCAAAUCUACAGACAGGCCAAGCAUCUCUCUUUUAUCCAGUGGAAGUGGCAGUACUCCCAAUCGAAAAGCUCCAUCAAUUCUCAAACAAACUCCGAAAAAGAAACCAGUACAUUUUAAACAGGACAAAGAAUUAGGCCUACGUAUCAAAAUUCCUAGUGCAUUGAGCCAGCAUUCUGGUUGUAGUGGUUUGGAGUCACCCCACAGGCACUCUAGCAUUCCAGAACACCAUCCGAAUGACCGUGGCUUUUCCAGCACCAUUGAAGAUGAGGGUGGCCAUGGAGAAGGUAGAUGGAGUAGCCCUCAAUCAAACAUGUCUGACUCCAGCAGUGAGAGCAUGGAUCAGGACGAUUAUCAGGAUGAUUUCACUAGCCUUGACCCCACUGAUGGCUACUCACCAGACCCCCUGAGUAGUCCUGACGGACCCGGGGUGACCCGAGUUCCCAGUGAUCCUUACAGCUUGAACGACGAAUCAGUCAGAAACCCAGGUCUCCCUGUUCCAGUCAAAGCAGCUACCUCUCCCAAACGCUCCCUCAAAGGCACCCAUCUGACCAGACAAUCCACACGGGCCUCUGGGCUCAGUGUGUCCUCAGACGGAGAUGAUGUGGGCUCAGGUUACACCCCAUCUGCUUAUUCCAGACACAGCCAAGCGAGGUCUGGAUCUCAGGACAGUGAACUGGGAGGUAGGGUCUCUGUGUCCAGAAAUCCCACAAGGUCCAGGAGUGAGCGAAGCGACCCCACUGAUGAUCUCACACAUUAUAGAGGUUACUCAGAGGAUUCAUUUGCGCACCACAAUGACUCUGAUCCUGAAUCAUCGUCCUUGCUUGAUCCUAAUGAGGCAGAGGAAGAAAAUGAUGAACUUGGCACACUCGGACUCUCAAAAAAAUACCAGCAUAUCUCAAACAUCAUGGUCAACAAGCUUCCUGGCUAUACACUAUGAAAGAGACAUGUUUAUUGGCGAGGACCUUCUAUGAUGUGAUUGUCUCUGCAGAUUACUGUUAUUUUAUACUAAUGUAAAAUCAUCAUAAUUUUUUUCUGUAUGUAUCAGUGAAAUGAAUGUCAAAUUAUUCUCUGAUAUGUUAUGAUGAGGAACUUUUUUAUCAGAUACUUUGCGUGUGGUAUUAUAUUAAUAGAAGUUUAAGAUCAAACAUGUCCAGUGUUUCUAACCUUUCAUCUCAGAGACACAACUGCUGUAUUAGUCUUUAUGACUCCUCGGUAUAGCAUUUCAAUUAUCCAAAUGUUGGCAUACCGGUAUGUUUACAAUGUAGGCCUAUGUAAAGCACACCAUGUGUUGUACAAUGGCUUACUGACAAAGAAAUCAUAGUUCAGAGAUAGAUUCUAUAUAUUACUAUGAAAGAAGCAUUGGGAAUCCACCCCCAAACCUGAGUGGGUACAGCAUACAUCAUUUCACUAAAUCUCGGGUAGGAGUUUGGUGUAAAUGGACGCAUUAUUGUACAGUAUUAUGUUUGAGGAUUAACAUGGAUAAUAGAGAUCAUUUAGCCGUCAUUAUUUGGAGAGAGAAAAGACUGGCCAACCGCUAUGGGCACACAUAUACACGAAUAGACAUUUUCCUUUCCUUACAUUUAAAUAAGGAAAGUGUUGCUCGCUAACGACAUAGUGUAGGCUACAUGUUGGUCAUAACAGAACGUCUACGGACAUAAACGUGCAUGCAGCACAAGUUCGAGUGGUACCGCGCAUGCGUGCUCUGUAUGUUUCUGGGGUUCAACAGAGAUUACAGCGGUGGCGUGGGAAGUAAGCAACAGAAUGAUCAAACACGUCUUUUUGACAGGACCCCCUGGUAACUAUUUUAAAAGGACUAUCUACUGGCGCUGUUGCAUAGGGUACUGCGUUAUUCCAGGCAAGCAACACGGAGCUAAUUCAUCCGACAGCCUCAGUUACUAGCAAGCUAACAAUUGAGCUAAAUUAGCCUGUGUUUUGAAUCUGUAAGACGAGAUGGGUCAUUUCAAUAAACGCAGCCAUGUGUGUA